AUGCAGAAGGGGAUGCGGCUCAAUGACGGGCACGUCACCUACCUGGGGCUGCUGGCGAAGAAGGACGGCGCCAGGAGGGGCUACCUGAGCAAGCGGGGCUCCGACCACACAAAAUGGCACACCAAGUGGUUCGCGCUGCUGCACAACAUGCUCUUCUACUUCGAGACCGACUCCAGCUCCCGGCCCUCGGGGCUCUACCUGCUCGAGGGCUGCGUCUGCGACCGGGCGCCCUCUCCCAAGCCCUCCCUCUCGGCCAAGGACUCCCUGGAGAAGCAGCAUUACUUCACUGUUAACUUCAACCACGAGAACCAGAAGACCCUGGAGCUGAGGACCGAGGACGCCAAGGACUGCGACGAGUGGGUGGCAGCCAUAGCUCAUGCCAGCUACAGGACGCUGGCGACGGAGCACGAGGCGCUGAUGCAGAAGUACCUCCAUCUCCUGCAGAUCGUGGAGACGGAGAAGACUGUUGCCAAGCAACUCCGGCAGCAGAUCGAGGACGGGGAGAUCGAGAUCGAGCGCCUGAAGGCCGAGAUAGCCUCCCUGCUGAAGGACCACGAGCGCAUCCAGGCUGGCCAGACCAGCGCGCCCAGCGACGAUGACAGCGACAUCAAGAAGAUCAAGAAGGUGCAGAGCUUCCUGCGGGGCUGGCUGUGCCGCAGGAAGUGGAAGACCAUCAUCCAGGACUACAUCAGGUCCCCCCACGCCGACAGCAUGCGCAAGAGGAACCAGGUCGUCUUCAGCAUGCUGGAGGCCGAGGCUGAGUACGUCCAGCAGCUCCACAUCCUGGUCAACAACUUCCUGCGGCCGCUGCGGAUGGCUGCCAGCUCCAAGAAGCCUCCCAUCACACACGACGACGUCAGCAGCAUCUUCCUCAACAGCGAAACCAUCAUGUUUUUGCACCAGAUCUUCUACCAAGGCCUGAAGGCAAGGAUAUCCAGUUGGCCAACACUUGUGCUGGCUGACCUGUUUGACAUCCUGCUGCCCAUGCUGAACAUCUACCAGGAGUUUGUGAGGAACCACCAGUACAGCCUGCAGAUCCUGGCCCACUGCAAGCAGAACCGGGACUUUGACAAGCUGCUCAAGCACUACGAAGCCAAGCCCGACUGCGAGGAGAGGACCCUGGAGACCUUCCUCACCUACCCCAUGUUCCAGAUCCCCAGGUACAUCCUGACGCUGCACGAGCUGCUGGCCCACACCCCCCACGAGCACGUGGAGAGGAACAGCCUGGAUUACGCCAAGUCCAAGCUGGAAGAACUCUCCAGGAUCAUGCACGAUGAGGUGAGCGAGACUGAGAACAUCCGGAAGAACCUGGCCAUUGAGAGGAUGAUCAUUGAGGGCUGUGAGAUCCUGCUGGACACCAGCCAGACCUUCGUGAGGCAAGGGUCGCUGAUCCAGGUGCCCAUGUCGGAGAAGGGCCGGGUGCCCCGCGGGAGGCUGGGUUCGCUGUCGCUGCGCAAGGAGGGCGAGCGCCAGUGCUUCCUCUUCUCCAAGCACCUCAUCAUCUGCACCAGGGGCUCCGGGGGCAAGCUGCAUCUCACCAAGAACGGCGUCAUCUCCCUCAUCGACUGCACGCUGGUGGAGGAGCAGGAGAGCACCGAUGAGGAUGCCAAAGCAUCAGGGCAGGACAUCGACCAUCUGGACUUCAAAAUCGUGGUGGAGCCCAAGGAUUCCUCAUCCUUUACUGUUAUCCUUGUGGCCUCAUCCAGGCAGGAGAAGGCUGCGUGGACCAGUGACAUCAGCCAGUGUGUGGACAACAUCCGCUGCAAUGGCCUCAUGAUGAAUGCCUUUGAGGAGAACUCCAAGGUCACUGUCCCCCAGAUGAUCAAGUCUGAUGCCAGCCUCUAUUGUGAUGAUGUUGACAUUAGGUUCAGUAAAACGAUGAACUCCUGCAAGGUGCUGCAGAUCCGCUACGCCAGCGUGGAGCGGCUGCUGGAGCGCCUGACCGACCUGCGCUUCCUCAGCAUCGACUUCCUCAACACCUUCCUGCACUCCUACCGCGUCUUCACCACCGCCCUCGUCGUCCUCGACAAGCUCAUCACCAUCUACAAGAAGCCCAUCAGUGCCAUCCCUGCACGGUCCCUGGAGCUCUUGUUUGCAAACAGCCAGAACAACAAGCUGCUGUACGGAGAGCCCCCCAAGUCCCCCCGAGCCAACCGCAAGUUCUCCUCGCCUCCUCCUCUCUCCAUCACCAAGUCCUCGUCCCCCAGCCGGCGCAGAAAGCUGUCCCUCAACAUCCCCAUCAUCACCGGAGGGAAGGCGCUGGAUCUGGCUGCCCUCAGCUGCUCCUCCAACGGUUAUGCAAGUGUCUACUCCUCCAUGGCCCCCUUCAGCAAGACCACCCUGGACAUCAACAAACUCUAUGUGUCCAGCAGCUACCCCAACAAGAUCCCUGACGAAGGAGAAGCAGCCAGCGAGAAGCAGGAGGAGCAGCUGCCGAGCAAGCAGAGCUCCGAGGUGUCUGUCCGGGAGGAGUCAGACACAGACCCCAACCAGAGUGACGAAGCUGAGGCUGAAUCGUCCCCAACAAAGUCUCCAACCACUCCCAAGUCCAUCAAGGGCAAAAACUCAUCAGAUUUCUCCUUGUUCUCCUACAACAACGGCGUGGUGAUGACGUCCUGCCGGGAGCUGGACAGCAGCCGCAGUGCCCUGUCCGCUGCCUCCGCCUUCGCCAUCGCCACGGCAGGGGCCAACGAGGGCACCCCCACCAAGGAGAAGUACCGCAGGAUGUCCCUUGCCAGCGCAGUUUCAGGCUUCCCCACGGACCAGCGUAACGGGGACAAGGAGUUUGUGAUCCGCAGAGCAGCCACCAACCGCGUCCUCAACGUGCUGCGGCACUGGGUCUCCAAGCACUCACAGGACUUUGAAACCAAUGAGGAGCUGAAGUUCAGGGUGAUUGGCUUCUUGGAGGAGGUCAUCCACGACCCAGAGCUCCUGACCCAGGAGAGGAAGGCAGCCGCCAACAUCAUCAGGACCUUGACUCAGGAGGACCCAGGAGACAACCAGAUAACCCUGGAGGAGGUGGUUCAGAUGGCUGAGGGAGUCAAAGCAGAGCCCUUUGAGAACCACUCAGCCCUGGAGAUCGCUGAGCAGCUGACGCUGCUGGAUCACCUGGUCUUCAAGAAGAUCCCCUAUGAAGAGUUCUUUGGGCAAGGCUGGAUGAAGCUUGAGAAGAAUGAAAGGACUCCUUACAUCAUGAAGAACACAAAACACUUCAAUGAUGUCAGCAACUUGAUAGCGUCGGAGAUCAUCCGGAACGAGGAGCUGACGGCGCGGGCCAGCGCCAUCGAGAAGUGGGUGGCGGUGGCGGACAUCUGCCGCUGCCUGCACAACUACAACGCCGUGCUGGAGAUCACCUCCUCCCUCAACCGCAGUGCCAUCUUCCGCCUGAAGAAAACCUGGCUCAAGGUCUCCAAGCAGACAAAGGCUCUGAUCGACAAGCUGCAGAAGCUGGUGUCCUCAGAGGGCAGGUUCAAGAACCUGAGGGAGGCUCUGAAGAACUGUGACCCUCCCUGUGUCCCCUACCUGGGAAUGUACCUGACUGACCUGGCCUUCAUCGAGGAGGGGACCCCAAACUACACUGAGGAUGGCCUGGUGAACUUCUCCAAGAUGAGGAUGAUUUCACACAUCAUACGGGAGAUCCGCCAGUUCCAGCAGACCUCCUACAAGAUUGAGCACCAGCCCAAGGUGACCCAGUACCUGCUGGACCAGUCGUGUGUGAUGGACGAGGAAAGCCUUUACGAGGCUUCUCUGCGGCUGGAGCCCAAGCUGCCCUCCUGA